GAAGUGGCUGCUCACAGAGCAGGAAGUGCAUGGCAGAGGCCCCAAGGAGAGAUCAGGCCCAGGCAUUCACCCAGAGCUUGUCUCCUGGAAGGAUCGGGUGCUGGUCACCGAGGACGGGGGUCAGGACCAUGUGGCUGCCUCCCACUCUGCUCCUGCUCUUCCUCCCAGGCAGCUCUGGUGCCAGGGAGCCUAUCUCAGGUCCAGAAACAGAGAGAGGCCCAGAGCGGGGCAACCUGUCUGUGCGGUGUCGUUAUGGCCAAGGAUGGGAGACGUACAAGAAGUACUGGUGUCGGGGAGCUGCGUGGAGUCACUGCGAGAUCCUCCUCAUUACCACUGCGUCAGAGCAAGAGGUACGGCAGGGCCGUGUGACCAUCAGGGAUCAUCACAGAAGUCGCACGUUCACUGUGACCAUGGAGCAGCUCCGUGAAGAUGACGCUGACAUUUACUGGUGUGGGAUGGAGAGAGUGGGAGCUGACCCUGGUGUGCAAGUUAAAGUGAUCGUUGACCCAGCACCCACUACUGUGCUGACCACGUCACCCACCACCGUCACCUCCACCACGAACACAUCUGUAGUGCCAAACACAGUGUCAACGCCUCUUUCAAGCACCUGGAGAGAGACCUACAGCUCCUCGACCGUGUCCCGCCACUCGGGGGAAGGCAGGAGAAUAGAGGCCACGUUCCUAUGCUGUGGAGAAGGUCCCUCUGCUACUUCCUUCUCUCCUGACCUGGCCCACACAAACAGCAGAACCCAGAGACCUUCUCUGAAACCCGCAGGCAGCUCUAAUGCCAGGGAGCCUAUCUCAGGUCCAGAAACAGUGAGAGGCCCAGAGCGGGGCAACCUGUCUGUGCAGUGUCAUUAUGGCCGAGGAUGGGAGACAUACAAGAAGUACUGGUGUCGGGGAGCUGUGUGGAGUCACUGCAAGAUUCUCAUCAUUACCACCGGGUCAGAGCAGGAGGUACGGCAGGGCCGUGUGUCCAUCAGGGAUCAUCACAGAAGUCGCACGUUCACUGUGACCAUGGAGCAGCUCCGUGAAGAUGAUGCUGGCACUUACUGGUGUGGGAUGGAGAGAGUGGGAGCUGACUUUGGCGUGCAAGUUAAAGUGAUUGUUGAUUCAGGAAUGAAAACCACAACAGAUCUGUCUCCCACACCUCCAGUCACGGAGACCUCGGGGGGCCAACACGUGCCUCCUACCAGGUCUUGGCUCAGCAGUGACCACUCCCUGAACUUGUUCCUGCUCCCGAUCUUCCUGAAGCUGCCCCUGCUCCUGGGCACUCUCGGGGCUGUCCUCUGGGUGAGCAUGUGGUGGAGAAGCCCUGAGUGGCAGGCAGAGCCUGCCCAGUGGGAACUAGCAGCCGCUGUUCCCGACCAGACUGAAAGACCUUCAAUGAAGACAGAAUCUUUCCAUUAGGAAGUGACCGUGGCCUCGGGAAUUCAGGGAGGCACAGCUGAGAAUGAGAGACGAGCACAAAGCAGGAGUGAAUGAACUCGAUAUAAAGAUGUAUGCACGGACAAAACCAGGCACAGGAGACUGGAGACUCCAUGUCUGCACGCUGGCUGUUCCCGAAGAGUAGGACUAACCCAAACAUGAGAAUGAUUCAGUUGGAUUGCAACCUAUCCUCCAGCCUGCCCCGAGAAGACACAUGGUGUCCCAGGGGUGAGAGUGAUGCCAAGGACCCACACCUGGAGUAUUGCACAGUAACACAGCGUGGAGGAUGGAGAUAGGCUCAAAUGGG